AUGGGUGGUAGGCUUAGCUCGAACGUGAAGAGGCACACUGUGAAAAAUGUCACUUUGGCUGUGGACACAGUGGCUGAGACGAUUGAGAAUGAGACAGUCAAGAGCAACGUGCCAUCUGUCUCAGUGCCUUCAGCUGAGGGUGAGAUCUUGCAGUCCUCCAAUUUGAAGUGCUUCGGCUUCAAUGAACUCAAAACAGCCACCAGGAACUUCCGUCCUGAUAAUAUGGUUGGUGCAGGUGGUUUUGGUUUGGUCUUCAAGGGGUGGAUUGAUGAGAAUUCAUUAACAGCUGCCAAGUCUAUUGCUGUGAAAAGGCUUAACCAAGAAGGUCUCCAUGGUCAGAAGGAAUGGCUGGCAGAGGUUAACUCCAUUGGAAAGCUGCAUCACCCAAAUCUUGUGAGGUUGAUAGGUUACUGCUUACAGGAUAGCUGCCGGUUUCUGGCGUAUGAAUUUAUGCCUUGUGGCAGCUUGGAUAAUCAUCUAUUUAGAAAAGACUUAACACCCGAAGGUGAUGUAUACAGUUUUGGGGUUGUUCUGCUUGAAAUCUUAUCCGGCAGACGAGCUUUGGAUGCUAACAGGCCAUCAGGAAAGCAAGAUUUAGUUCAACAUUCCCGGUCUGCCAAAAAAUGCAAACUUCACCAACUUUUUGAUGCUCGGAUUGAAGGCCAGUACUCUUCUGAUGAAGCUCGCAAAGCAUUUAACCUUGCAAUGAAAUGCCUAUCAACACACUCCAAGUUUAGGCCAGAUAUGAAUGAGGUGGUAAAAUUAUUGGAGCAGCUUCAGUCUUCUAGUGAGAUGGAGCGCUUGGCUGCUAGGCAUCUCUCAAAUCUUACCUUGCCAAAAAUUUAUGCCAAUUCAGGCAAUGUAUGGUCCCAAUCGUCGCCGGGAAAAUGUCAAUCGGAUCAGCUGUGCAACACCCACUUAGGCCAUCCGUUUGCCGCAGUAUUUGACAUGUUUUACGUACUAAAUUCGAAUCAAUUUGUUUUUUAA